AUGCCGCACAUUGCUCUGCAUUUCAGAGCCUUUCAGCUUGACUUUCGGUGUUGCCCUGUUCUCGGGAAUAAACGCCAGUCAGCAAGACUACGGUCUCGUAGUUGUAUACUGUGGAUCGUUCUGGGCACUUUGAUGUUUUCUUGUGGCGUGCAGUGUCAGGUCUUUAAAGUAGGAGUCCUAGGGCCCUGGAACUGUGACCGAGUCUUCUCAAAAGCCCUCCCCGGAGUGGCAGCAAAGCUGGCAAUGCGUCGGGUCAAAAAUGACCCCAGUUUAGACUUAGGCGAUCAACUCGACUUUGCAGUCCUUCAAGAAACAUGCAAAACGUCGAAAGCCUUGGCCAGGUUUGUACAGUUGGAGAACACAUCGCAAGCCUUCGUCGGUCCUGCCAACCCUGGGUACUGCGACGCCGCCUCGCUUUUGGCCCGGAACUGGGACACGGCCAUGUUCUCUUGGGCUUGCCUUAAUUAUGGACUGGAUAGGUUCCAGGGCUACCCUACUAUUGCCGGGCCUUUGUCUUCACCGGCGUGGGUGCUUUUUACUGUACUCAAGUACUUCGGCUGGGCCAAAAUAGGCAUCGUGUCUUCUAGGAAGGAUAUAUGGAUGGACACGGCGACAGAAUUGGCCAACUCCCUCCGGAGUUUGGGACUUCCGGUGCGCAUAGUGUCACCUAUAGGGGAUAACACCAAUGAGACGGAAACUACUCUCAGGGAAAUUCUAGAAGAUGGAAACAUAAAAGUCAUAAUCAUGUGCAUGCACUCCGUGCUGAUUGGUGGAGAGCAGCAGGUGGCCUUCCUGGUGAAAGCCAAUGAGAUGGGCCUGACAGCCGGGAGGUAUGUCUUCCUGCCCUACGACACUCUGCUCUACAGCCUUCCGUACGCCAACAGCACCUACCUGGCAUUACAGAACAACAGUGCCCUACUGCAGGCGUACGAUGCUGUGCUCACUGUUACCAUUGCGUCCGAGCUCACGUCCUUCACCGAUGCCUUCGACACAGCCCAGCGGCUCAGAGAAAUUCCUGCGUCUUAUGACCCUCAGCAGGUUUCCCCCAUGUUUGGAACGGUGUACAACAGUAUUUACCUGGUUGCCACGGCAAUGGACAGUGCCAGGAGGGCAGGGCAGAGGCUGGCGGGAAGUAACCUGGUGGUUUUUAUGAAGAACCUGACCUUCGCCGGGUUUAACCAGAACGUGCGGACGGACGAGCGAGGGAAGGUUCUGGUUGGUUACGUGGUCCUGGACACAGACGGGCAGAACGGGGGUCUGUACCCCACCCACCGCGUGGACCUGGGGACCGGGACAGUGCUCAUCGCUGGGGGGCCCGUUCACUUCCCCCAGGGGUCCCCCCCACCCCAGGACGCCCCUUGCUGGUUCAGCUCGGAGGUGCUCUGUGUGGGAGGUGUGGAUCCUACCUCUAUCAUCGUGGCCUUCGUGGUUGUUGCUGCUCUGGUCAUACUUGGUAUUGGUUUGGCUUUCAUAAUAAGGAGGCGGCUCCAGAAGAUUCGGCUUUUUAAAGGGCCCAAUCGAAUCCUUCUGACCCUCGAAGACCUGGCCUUCAUCAACCCACAGGGCAGCAGGAGGCAAAUCACUGUAGAGGAUCUUAGUGAAUCAAAAAGUGCGGUGGAAGAAAAGUCCCGGGAUCGAGCCCAAUCUGUAAACAGCGCUGCCACAGCAACGCAUGAGACCUCCAGUGUGGCUGUGUAUGAGGGCGACUGGGUCUGGCUGAAAAAGUUUAAAGAGGGCCAGUUCAAGGAGAUAAAGUCCAGCUCCACAAAGAUUUUCACCAAGAUGAAGGACCUCCGUAACGAAAACGUGAACCCGUUCCAGGGCUUUUUCGCAGACUCGGGCAUGUUUGCUGUGGUAACGGAGCACUGCUCCCGCGGAAGUCUGCGUGACCUGUUGCUGAAUAACGACGUCAAGCUGGACUGGAUGUUCAAGUCCUCCCUCCUCCUGGACCUCAUCAAGGGCAUGAAGUACCUGCACAAUCGCGGUUUCGCCCACGGGCGGCUGACCUCCCGCAACUGCGUGGUGGACGGGCGCUUCGUGUUGAAGAUAACCGACUACGGCAUCGGCGAGCUGCUGGAUUCGCAGAAAGCCCCUCGUGUUGUGCCCCCCCCUGAAGAGCUGUUCUGGACCGCCCCUGAGCUUCUCAGAGACCUGGAGACCUCUGAGAGGGGGACGGUCAAAGGAGACGUGUACAGCUUUGCAAUCAUACUGCAGGAAGUGGUCGUCCGCGGGCUGCCCUACUGCAUGCUGGGACUAAAUGCUGCAGAGAUCAUCCGCAAGGUGAAGAAGCCACCGCCCAUGUGCCGGCCCACGGUGUCGCCUGACCAGGCCCCUCUGGAGUGCAUCCAGCUGAUGAAGCAGUGCUGGAGCGAACAGCCCGACCGCAGGCCCGCCUUCAACGAGAUCUUCAACCAGUUCAAGAUUAUCAACAAAGGCAAGAAGACGAACAUCAUCGACUCCAUGCUGCGCAUGCUGGAGCAGUACUCCAGUAACCUGGAGGAGCUGAUCCGGGAGCGGACCGAGGAGCUGGAGGUGGAGAAGCAGAGGACAGAGAAGCUCCUGUCCGAGAUGCUGCCACCUUCUGUGGCCCAGGCUCUGAAAACGGGUGCCACGGUGGAACCUGAGUACUUCGACCAGGUGACCAUCUACUUCAGCGACAUCGUGGGCUUCACCACCAUCUCCUCCCUCAGUGACCCCAUCGAGGUGGUCGACCUGCUCAACGACCUCUACACGCUGUUCGACGCUGUGCUGUCCAACCACGACGUGUACAAGGUCGAGACCAUCGGCGACGCGUACAUGGUGGCGUCGGGCCUGCCGAAGCGGAACGGGAACAUGCACGCGGCAGAGGUCUGCAACAUGUCCCUGAACAUCCUCAGCGCCGUGGGCUCCUUCAAAAUGCGACACAUGCCCGAGGUGGCGGUGCGCAUCCGCAUCGGCGUCCACUCAGGUUCCUGUGUUGCAGGGGUGGUAGGGCUGACCAUGCCUCGGUACUGCCUGUUUGGAGACACAGUGAACACUGCCUCCCGUAUGGAGUCAACUGGGCUGCCGUACAGGAUCCAUGUGAAUCUUAGCACCGUGGAGAUCCUCCGCUCCAUGGAUGAUGGCUACAGCAUUGAGGUUCGCGGGAUGACAGAGCUCAAGGGUAAAGGCAUCGAGGAGACCUACUGGCUGGUGGGUAAGGAAGACUUCACAAAGCCACUCCCCGAACCGCCCGACCUGAAACCAGGGGAGGACAACCAUGGCCUGACACCACACGAAAUUGCUGAAUACAAGAGAAGAAGAGCGGAGAAAAAAAUAUCCCCUGCAGGCCAGCCUCAAAGGAUCUUCCAGAUCAAAGCAGCCUUCACUGCCAAACGUCUUGGACUGGCUGACCAUUCAUACCCAGCGACCAUCUUGAGCAAGUACAAGCACCUCAAGGAUCCUCCUCUGCAGUCCUUCGAGUGUUUCGUCUUGGACCACAAGGCGGGCCUGCAGCCAUCAAGACAAAGCUUGGAUGGGUGCUACAAGGACCUGUUCGUCUCCUACAGAAUCAGUUGCAGCCACAACACAAGUAACCAGAUCAACGGAGGACCCAGUCUGUUGGAGGCCAAGACGACCAGGGUACAGGUGAAUGGUGUCCUCUGCUAUGCCAUGCCACUACUACGCAAGAAGGACUUUCCCUGCUUCCAGGCUCCCAAAGAAGCCGUCAUGCCUAACCUCAGGAGCAUGGAGAGACGUCUUGUUAAAGACCCUGGCAAGGCGGCCAUCUUCGAUGCUGAGAUUGAGAAGCUGGUGGCCAAACUUACCUCUGAGACCACCCCAACUGAAGAGAGUUGGUACUGCCCUUGCCUGAAGAAAAACCACUGCUGCGCUUCCUCUGGAGAGGCAUGA